AUGGCUUCGGACGUGCGCUCACGAUGGAGAACGUUCGGCUCUCUGUUCUUCCUCACGUUCCUUGCCCUCUUCGAGCACAAACAAUUCACAUACUCGGGUUCGACACUUCGAGGGGUGUAUCCUGUUAGCAUCCCCUCGCCUCCCCCUGUAUUCCUUCUCUCUGAUCCUCUGCGCUCCUCUAUGUUCCACCUUCCGAAUCCCCAUCCCAUCGCCUCCAGGCCGCUCCUUGCUUUUCCACACGUCAGCCUUAUGCUCGUGAUGCCUGGGGAAAGUGGUAUUGAUGCGGCGCCCAACGGCGGGCUGCGAGCGCAGCAUGGUGCCUAA